CCAGUUGACGAAUCCCAAGGUUAUGCCGUAACACGCAACGCUUUGCUGGAUUGUCUAUGUCGACACGGGAUUGCAUCAAUAGUUUUACAGUUUCCCGAUUAUGAAUCGUGAUACUGCAACAAAAGAUAGUGUUAUUGGAGGGUUUACAGUUAUAAAUGAGAAAACAAAAUCAAAAGUACAAAAUGUCCAAGAAGUUCUCCCAUUUUGGAUUACAAAGCCUGAACUUUUCUCAUCUGAUCUUAAACAAUCUCUUUCUGUCAAUGAAGUAGCUAAGCUUGGUCAGUUUUUACGGCUGCGACUAAGUGAAAUUGGUAUCACUCAUUUCUUUCCUGGUACUUAGCUAACUUUCUAAUCAUCAGCUGGCGAUUAUAGUUCAGUCUGCUGUAAUCCCUUACAUGUUAGAUUGUUAUGUCACAUCUAAACAUCGGCCAUUAUGUCGACCAAGAGACAUAUGUAUAUGCGCACCGACAGGAAGUGGGAAAACACUAGCCUAUGCUGUGCCAAUCAUCCAACUAUUUCUUAAUAGGAUUCAUAGAUUUAUUCGAGCUUUGGUCAUUGUUCCAGUCAGAGACUUAGCUGUUCAAGUGUACAAAACUUUCAGUCAGCUGGUUAAUGGAACAGAUAUUCAGGUUGGAGUUCUUGCUGGUAUCAAAAGUUUUAGUAAAGAACAAGAAGAUAUCAUAAACCUUACGGAUGAAAGUUACUCUGCCAAAGUUGAUAUUGUAAUAGCUACACCUGGACGUUUAGUAGACCAUUUGUACAAUACUCCUGGUUUCAGUAUGGAACGCUUGAGAAUCCUGGUAAUCGAUGAAGCCGAUCGAGUGAUAGUGGAAGAAAAACAAAACUGGUACCAUACUUUGGAGGAUGUAUUGUACUAUUACACAUCUUCAAUCAGUCAGAAUAGUUGGUCCAAUGUCUCUGUACGCAAACGUUCAAGACCUAUACCAACUGUUGGUUAUCAUUACGAUAGGAGUGUUGAUAUUACUUUGCAAAAGAUACUUGUUUCUGCCACACUGACUCAUGAUCCAGAACCAUUAAAACAGUUUAAUUUACACUUUCCUAUUUUAUUCACUUCAAAUCGAAUACACCACAACAAAAACACUCUUGAUACAGUUUUAAAUGGCCACGAGAACGCAGAAACUAAUUCGUCCGAAAUAAAAAAACAAGUGAAAAAUGAUGAAAAUAGAGAAACCUCUAAUGUUAUUUCACAGUUAAAAUCAAGUGAAAAUCAUACGACUACAGGUGUUGGUCAGUUUUUAAUCCCUGAAAGUUUAGAGGAAUUUCUUGUAACUGCAAAACCGGAUAUCCGUGUAUUGUUUCUUGUGUAUUUGGUGCGUCAAAAACACAAAAAACGUAUCUUAUGCUUUGCAAAUACAGUAGAUUGUGCUAAACGCUUAAAUAUGCUCUUGGCUAGCUUUCAAGGUAUAAAGAGUAAAUUCUUGUCAAGUCAUUUACAUCCGGAUAAACGUCAAAGAAUAUUAAAUCUAUUCAGUGUUGGAUUGUGUCAAAUUCUAGUUUGCACAGAUUCUAUGGCUCGCGGCAUAGAUAUUAAUGAUGUGGAAUGUGUCGUAUCUUAUGACGUACCACCUAGUAUCAAAAUCUACAUUCAUCGAAUUGGGCGUACAGCUAGAGCUGGUAAGAAAGGAACUGCAUACAGUUUAUUGUCAACUAACCAGUUCUAUCACUUUAAGAAAGAUCUCAAGCGUGCUGGUAGAAAAAAAAUUAAACAAUUACAAUUUCAUCAAAGUAAAUGGUCACAUUUCAAUGCAGAGUAUCAGGUUGCAUUAAGGAACUAUGAAAUGAACAUAAAGAUUUCAGAUAAAAAAUGCCCCAAUGAUUUUUCGAAGCAAGUGAAUAAUAACAAAAUUGUUUCGGAAGAAUCAAUGCAAAACAUUAAGAAGCCGAAGAGUAAACGUAAAAAAAGUACAAAUGAAAUGCUGAGUUAAAAUUAAACAACAUAAUUUUUCUGUAUAUUAUUACCAACAUGACUUUACAUGUAUAUAGGCAUUACCUGUAUAGUAACCCCAAAUAGAUUUUGUAAACAAAUAAAUUAUUUGUUAAGAA